AGUAGUAGCGAGUGUGUAUGUAUAAGUGUGAUAGUAGUAGUAGCAGCGUGCGUGCGUGCGUGCGUGUGUGUGUGUGUGUGUGUGUGAGAAACCCUGCCCCCUGGCGGUGACAGCGCAGUUGUAAAGCCGCACCCUGCCAUGCGCGCGGGUCUCAGUGAGCUGCAUGCGCGUGCAGGAGCAGGUGAUCUUCCUCCAGCUGUGUGAGUGUGAACAUCUUCUCCUCCUUCUCCAUCAUGGAGCUGACUCUGAGCCGCCUGGCUGCUCUCCUCGCUGCCUUCGGGUUCCUCAGCUUCGUGUGUCUGAUUGUGGCUAUAGGAAGUGAUUUCUGGUACAUCAUAGACACUUCAAAGAGAGACAGCAACAGAUCCGCAUCUCUCAGCUCUCACUCCGGACUCUGGAGGACCUGCAACUUUCAGCAUCAGUGCCAGACCUUCAUAAACCCUUUUGGAAAUGAAGGAAACUUCACAGAUUCUCAGAGGCAUAUAUUAAACAUGCAGGCGACCUUCAUCGUGUUGCUGCCCCUUAGUGUGAUUGUGCUCUUUAUCGGAGGGAUGAUGGGAGUCAUGAGCAUCCUGGCUCGAGCCCAUCGUCUCCUUCUUGCCACUGGACUGCUUCUACUCAGCGGCGCCGUGAUUACAUUAACGGGCAUCUGCGUGUACGUAGCCUACUCUGCAGCUGCCUUCCGAGAGGCCGUGUGUAUCUCUGGACGCAAGACUCUGGAAGACAUUGACAUCUAUUUUGGUUGGUCUCUGGCUUUCGCAGCCAUUUCCUUCAUUAGCGAGCUGAUCACGGCCGUCACGUUCCUGCUCACGUCAGCUCGCCUGGGCCAGCUCAUGCACCGAGACCAGGACAGGUGCAUAUCAGAAUAAAGUGUCUCU